AUGGUGCGGGAUCUGUGUGGUUUGUUCUCAAAUCAGGGGCAGCAGCAACCGCCCAAGUUUCUCAAAUGGAGGACAUCAGAUGCCUUCAUUAGCUUCGUGGUUUGUUUCGCAGUCUUCACGGAUGUCUUCAUGUAUGGGUUGAUUGUCCCUGUGGCCCCUACCGCCUUGCGCGAUAGAAUUGGGAUGUCGGACGCCGAUGUCCAAUCAUGGCAAUCGAUCCUGCUAUCUCUGUACGGAGUAGCUUUGUUAGCAGCUUCGCCCGUCUGCGGAUGGUUGGCCGAUAGAUUCCAGUCACGAUGGUGGCCCUUUGUCGGAGGCCUGGUGCUUCUCGCUGCCGCUACAGCUCUUCUCUGUGUUGGGACGAAUCUUGCGUUGUGGGUUGCCGGGCGUAUUCUCCAGGGAGCGUCUGCGGCGGUGGUAUGGACGGUUGGGAUUGCGCUGCUUGUCGACACGGUUGGCAAGGACAAAGUGGGCCAGGUUUUGGGAUAUCUUGGAAUGGCAAUGACCAUAGGAACAAUGACCGGCCCGCUUCUCGGAGGGAUCGUCUAUGGUGCUGGGGGCUACUAUGCCGUCUUCGGGAUGUCGUUCGGCGUCAUUGCGCUGGACGUUGUUUUCCGACUCGUUAUGAUCGAAAGAAAACAUGCAGUCAAAUGGCUUCAAGCGGAGGGCGUGCCAAGUGUUGUCUCGUCGUCUACCUCGACCGACGAUGGAGCCAGCAAGAAGCGGCCCAGCACACUGUACACGCUAAUCACCUCGAGUCGCAUGAUGACGUCCUCCUGGGCGUACUUCAUCCUUUCGCUCAUCCUCACCUCGUUUGACAGCGUGUUGCCGCUCUUCGUCGAACAGACUUUCGGCUGGGGUCAAACAGGCCAGGGCCUCAUUUUCAUCCCCCUCUCCAUCCCUCAGAUUCUUGACCCCUUGGUGGGCUAUAUCAUCGACCAUCAUGACCAAUCCCGACGUUGGAUGGCGGCCGGGGGGUUCUUUGCGGCGGUGCCAAUACUGGCCUGUCUUCGCUUUGUGACGGAAGACACGAUAGCGCACAAAGUGCUGCUGUGCGCCCUGCUAGUCCUGCUGGGCGUCUGCGUGUGCCUGAUCAUGUCCCCCGUUCUGGUGGAGGCGACAUACUACGUGCAGGACCGUGAGGCCGAGACGCCGGACAUCUUCGGGCCGGGCGGAGCCAUCGCGUUCGCGUACGGGGUCACCAACAUGGCGUAUGCGCUGGGCACGAUUAUCGGGCCGUUCUUUGCGGGCUUCAUCAAGGACGGUGCUGGUUGGGGCACGAUGGGUUGGGCGCUGGCGUUGAUGGCGGGUGUCACUGGGAUUCCUUCGUUAUUGUUUCUGCGGGGAUCUGCGAAGGAUGAGUCUGAUGCAAAAGUCGAGUCGAGUUGA